CGCAUAGUAACGCACGCCAUUCCCGCCUCAGUAACGGUAACGGCGUUGCCAAGAUGAGAAAAGUAAUUAAUUAGCUUACUCAUUACUGAAAAAAAUAACGCCGUUAGUAACGCCGUUAUAUUCUAACGCCGUUAUUAACAACACUGGUGACUAAAUGCCUAAAUCCCUGAAUUCUUUAUAGAUAUGGAUGUAAAACAGUCUCGAUUCUUGGUUAAAAGCAAAAAAAAAAAAAAAACGGGUAGUUAGCAAUAAUUUUGCGUAAUAAUUAGGGCUGUCAAAAUUAUCGCGUUAACGGGUGUUAAUUAAUUUUUUAAAUUAAUCACGUUAAAAUAUUUGACGCAAUUAACGCAGAUGUCCCGCUCACAGAUUUAAAUGACUGUUCAGUGAAAAGCUCCCUUGUUGUUAUGGAGUUUUGCCGCCCUCUGCUGGCGCUUGAGUGAAUGACCAUCUCGCAUAUUGCCUCAGAUUACACAAUGAGGCCGUUUAUGGGCAUUAAGAGUGAAGAGAAUGCCACCGGCCGCUUGGGGGCAGCGCCGUUCCAUACUCAUGUUAUUUCUUCAAAACGUGGGAGAAUUAGUAGUUGUGAGACGUUUAUGCUGUAUUCACAAUGCAACGCAAAUUGCUAUUUGUGCUCCACACAUAUUUCGGGCAGUUUCCUGGGUAGUGUCACGUUCUCUGUGGGCGAUCUGCUUCGAGCCAAAGAUGAACGACUGUCCUUGAGUCUCAGGUCAUCUGAUGGUGGGUGCGCAACCGGAACAGUGGUGGUGAGCCGACUGAAGAUGGGGGAGAUGGAGGAAGCGGAGCAUAUCACCGCCGAUGUACCGUCCCAGAAGUGUCCCUUAGUGUGCGAGUCUGGGUCCCACAGUUGCGUGGACAGAGACCUCCUUCUGACUGGACCAGUGUUCACCAACCCGGUAUGCAAAGUGUACAGGUUCCAAACAGUGGACAGCAAGUGGAUGCUGGUGCGCGAGCAAAUGGAGGAGUGCACGUUGUCCUUCAGCAUACCUAAGCAGCUGCUCUCGCUCUACGUGCAAGAGGACAUGAGCAGGGUGCAGGAUCUGAAGGAGCUAGGCGAACUUUCUCCACACUGGGACAACCUACGGAAGGAGGUGAUAGCGCGAUACGGCGGCAUCAUCGCAUCAUACCAGGAGACGCUGGCGGAAAUGGAAAAAAUUAGCGGUCCGUCUUUCAAGCCGAGUUGCUGCAAAGCUCAGAAAUCCCUGGAGUUCCUCCCAAUCAACCUACACACUCAGAGGAUGAGAGUGACGUGCCCCAGAAAGACAGACGCUUCAUACGACAUUGUGACAGCGGGCGCCCCCGCCGCACACUUCCAGGGCUUCAAAGGCGGCGGUCUGCAGCGGCUCCUCAGCAGAUAUGAAGCUGAAAAGAAAAGCUUCAGCACGGCGUAUCAGUGUAUCUACUACUCGCCCGAGCAUACGGCCAGAGCUCAGGAGGUUCUGAGUAGCGUGGGCCUCCUCCAGCCUCUCAUCGGUAGCCUCGCCGACCAACUGCUGCACGCCGCACAUGAGCGUUCCUCUCCUGGCCUGCGGGAGGCGCUCAAGAACCUCACGGACAAGACGGAGCAAUUUGUCCACACCCUCAAGGACGAGUUGGUGAAGUGCGCCCUGUUGGCGCUGCACGCCGCCCAGCCCGGCUACGUUUCCGAAAACCAGAAGGGCGGCGACCCCGGUUCUGUUCGGACGGCGUCGCCGUCACCUGACGAUAACAACGAGGUCACGUCGUGCAACAACGUGGACGGGAAGCGAGGACAAGAUGCUAUACCGCACCACAAAGAGUACGACGAGGAGGAAUGGGACAGAAUUUGGGCCAGCGUGGCCAAGCGCCUCAACUGUGUGGUGGCCAUGGUGGACCAGCUGGCCGAGCAGGACCGCAAGCAGGAGCGGGCCGGCACUGAUGAACAGAACCAAUUAGCCGACGUCAUCACCUCACACAAUCCUGGCGACUGGCGGGAGCAGCUGCGCCCCCUGGUGGCCAGGUUGAAGGAGUGCGUGACGCAGGUGGUGGAGAAGGCAAAGAGGGCCGUCACCUUUGUGCUCCUGCAGGAGGCCGCCUGCAGCAUCCCUAUGGGCGUCGUUCUCCAGCAGAGGAGGGACGUCGUCUUCAGUCAGGCUCUGGCAGUGUUGUCGUGCGGUUUCGUCAUGCGCCUUUACGCUGGAAUGCAGGACAAAGGUUUUCUGAGACAGCUCCACCUGGUCGGCCUGGUGGCCCAGUUUGAAAGCCUGCUCAGCACCUACAGCGAGGAGAUCGGCAUGCUGGAGGACAUGGAAGUGGGCGUGGCCGACCUCCAGAGGGUGGUGUUCAAGGUCACCCGCGCCCGGACCGACCACCUCAGUGACCUUCAGCCCGUGGUGCGAGGCAGACGGGACCACUUCACGGUGGAGGUUCCGCUGCCAGGCCCCGCCUUCCAGAACAUGCCGGAGGAAAUCAAGGAAGGCCGACCCCUACGCGUGUUCCCGGUGCUUUUUAACGUCGGCAUCAACGAGCAGCAAACCAUCGCCGAGAGGUUUGGAGACAUUUCCCUCCAGGAGAGAAUCAACCAGAAGAACUUUGAGACGCUGGAGUGUUAUUACAAAACGCUGAGCGAAAAGGUGCCACGUGAAUGUCUACCGUGUUUCCAAAGUCAGACUGACGUCAAAGAACUACUUGAAACCCUGGGCCAGAAUGUAGUCGCUAAGCGGAGGAAGAAUGUGGAGAUUCUGUGGAGCGCCGCGGCGAUUUGCCGACGCGUGAACGGCAUCAGGUUCACCAGCUGCAAAAGUGCCAAAGACCGGACGUCCAUGUCCGUCACGCUGGAGCAGUGCGCCCUCUUACGUGACGAACACCAGCUCAGCAAGGACUUCUUCAUUCGCGCGCUGGACUGUAUGCGGAGUCGGCUGUCCCACGGCGAGGUGGGGUGCGGGGAGGACCCCGAGGCAGGCGCGGCGGCGGCCGAGAGCAAACCGACGUCGCGUCACUUUUACCCCAUCGCCCUGCUCCUCGUCAGUUCCCACCUGCUGGUCGUCUGGCUCAUUUUAAGUCUGGUUUUUCUGCUGGCAAAGUAUCAAUAAAGCUGCUGACAACUACCACGCCUUUACGUGCUGUCUUCUGCGUCUAUGAUAAUCAUUUCUUUUCCUGUUUUCUGUGAGGAUUUUAAUACUAUUUAUAGGGCUGCAGUUAUAGAAUAUUUUGGUCAUACACUUCAGCAUCA